AUGUCAGUUGCAGAUGCAUCACGUCCUCGACGGUCAUGCCGACAUCACUACCUGGCAAAUGUCUAUAAAACGUCGGUGCUUCCACUAAAGGGUGAAGAGGGCGUCUUCAACAUCGUUUGCCACAUGCCUUCUGCUGACGAUGAUACAGUUGCGACCGAAGUUCACUCAGGACUUUCCAGAGCGCACAAGGUUCCAUCCACUCUCCUUCCUAUGGAAAUGCGACCAGUUCCUGGCAAUGAGCAGGCGGAAUACUCGCUGGUCGGGCCGAGGGCCGGCAUACGACACAUUUUGCCGCAUAACUGGGCCGACGACAUAGAAGCUACCGUAGUGGCGUCCCCUCUUCUAUGUAGACAGAAGACUGUGCUUCUGCCGAACUGUCUCUUUCGAUCAAAGGUGGUUGUGAGUGUAAAACCAGGUUCGACAUGGAUUUGGGAGUUUGCAUUCCGCAGCCAAAGAUCUGAUCAGAUCCUCUUCUCUCUUCACACCGUUCACUCACAGAUAGUACAUAUCCGAAUACAGAAAGAUUUCUUCCUGCGUGUCGACUCCGAGCCGCUGAUUCCGAUCGGUCAGCUAUCCGAUGGCCUGUGGCAUACGGUGACCAUCUAUUCGAAGCAUGGCAGUGUUCUCUUUACAGUUGACGACUCUUACGAGAUCCACUUGCCGCAGUUCACUCCUCAGGAGUCGAGAUUAUCUGCCAUUGCGGUCGAGGUGGAGGGCGAAAUCCUGCUCAUCGAUCCUCAAGACACCUCUGAAAACUGCGAAUUGAACGAACGGAGGCAAGCGGUUGGAUCUGCUCAAAAGAGGCGAUUUUGUUCUGGCUGUGAUUGCGGCAUCCUCAAGGGUAUUUUCGAGAACUUUCCAGCUUCUCCUAUCUGCUCUCAGAGCAAUGAUAAAGCGUACCAUAUGAUGCGGGAUACGGAUCGGCUCUCAUUCUUCUUCGUAAAAUCUUCCUACAACAUUCCUGAGCACUCAGAACAAAGAGUUCGAAUCGGACUGAGCUACAAAAGCGAUUCGGACAUUGGCCUGCUUUUGUUCGGAUUUUGGCAGAAUGAAGAGGAGAAGGGGCGUUUCCAAGUUCACUAUACGGGAAGAAAUCUGGCUGGAAUAUAUUGUGUGAACGUCGACGAGGAAAUCUGCCGCGGUUGCACUCUCUAUGAGAUGGAAGGCUUCGGUAACGACAAAUGGCAUCGUGUCUUGUUUUUUGAAAUCGACGGUGAGAUAUCACUUGUUGUUGACAGAAGCAUCUGCAUCCUCCGCCAACACGACAUCAGCAACAACUUCAGUCUGGCCGAAGUCUAUUCUAUUCCUGUGCUUGCUACUGCAAGUGCGCUGUUUAUCGGAGGGACGUAUUACGAAAAGAAGAAAGCCGAUCUGUACCUGCCGAGUUUCGAACACAAGUAUUUCGAAAACACGCGAGAAAAAGUGCCGUCGCUAAGGGGAUGCCUAAAAGACGUCUAUGUAGAUGGCACUAAAGUCGAUCUGACGUCGAUCUACGGCCAACAGAUGAAGACGACGCUGAUAAACCCUACUGACGACAAGGCAUACGCAAUUCAGGUGGGUUGCACUGGCUGUUCCCCAAGCUGUCCUCAAGGUGUCCGAUGUCGUCCCACGGAUCCCAGGCAGCUCACAUUCCAGUGCGAUUGUUCUGACAUCGAGGAAUUCACUCUCGGAUUGCAACCGAAUCCACUCGUGCCGCUUUCCACAGCAUAUCUUGAUUCAUCCGCUCCAGUGCUUCGCCUCUUACCCACAAAAGCAGCCACAAGCAAGGUGUGGAUGAAGCUGUCUUUUCCAAGAAAAAUUGAACAUAGAACGACUGUUGCACAGUUCAACUCUCAUCGCGAAAUGCUUUUCUACAUAUUCGUUGAUCCUGAAGGCGUCGGCAUCCACGUUCAUCCCAAUACCUUCGACCAAUUCGAAACCAUCAUCAAAGAGCCGAUCUCAUUCUCCGACGAGCGUGUGCAUUUGAUCACCCUGGAACGAAAAACUCCGCUCGGAACUCGUUACAUUUCGAAGAAAUUCGAUCUUUCCAUCGAUGGAGUGCACUGCGAAAUUCCCGACGUCGCCAAGUACAUGUUGAAUAAUGUUACCAUCUUGGCAGCAGAAGACGGUAGUAACGGCUCAGUCAUCAUUCACGUGGCAGCAAGUUGGCUCAUGUACUCGUUGAUGUUGACUACAAUUUUGUGUGUGCUGCUCACCGUUUUUCUCAUAGCGUACUGCUGUGUUCUGCACAGGCGACGGGGAAGAUGCAGUAGCCAUUCUUCUGAUCGUGAUCGAAUCCUCCGUGACAGUCCCGACUACUCCGUGAAAAUGAGAUUGAGCAAAACUGAGUCUAUCUCUACAUAUGACGGUGAUGGCUCGAUUGGGACGGAGGACACUGAUCUCAACGCCUAUCGUGACAUUCCAAGCCAUCGCGUGAAGAUAUACAGGGAAUCGAUGGUUUCAAUACUGGUGCCUGGAGUGGAUCAGCCUAAUAAUGCGAUAGUGAAGAGAGUUCCGAGCACGGGGAGCGAUUUAAGCGCGCCACUGUUGUCAUCCAGUCCUGCUCCGCUGGUCAAUGUGGACGACCAGUGA